AAAAACCUCGAGCCUCUCCUAGCUUUCUGCCGCCCUGUCGCCGGGGCGUGUUUCCUUGGCCGCCGUCCCCGAGCUGAAGUUCGAGCUCAAGAAACCCAAGCAUCUCUUCCUUCGGAGCUUCAUACAGCAGAUGAGCGCAGGUGGGGCAUUUGGUGGAAAUAGAGGAGUAAAACCUGUACCCCCAGAAAAAGGUGUAUUUCCUCUAGAUCACUUGCAUGAGUGUGACCAGGAGAAGAAAGAAUAUAUUGCCUGCCUCAAAUCAUCAGGCCACAAGUCAGAAAAAUGUAGACGCUUCUCAAAGAAAUACUUGGAAUGCCGUAUGGAAAGAAACUUGAUGGCAAAACAGGAAAUGUCCGAGCUCGGAUUUGGUAAGGAAUUUGAACCAGAUUCUUCUGAAGAGAGGAAUGUAAAAAUUGACAAUCAACCCAGUUCCUUAUCUGGGGAAAAGACAACAAUUGCUUAAAGUUGCAUCCUUACUACUGAUUGAGUCUUUGCUUCAAAGGUUGCAGUACUUAGAAAUGUUCAAAAAUGAUAAUAAUAUGUAUACAGAGAUUAUUGCCAAGGUUCUGCUACUUGUACUGAAUCUUGGAGGGUUAUAAUGCCUGAUUAUGUCUCACAUUUUGGAAUUCAUGCUUUUAAAUUAUAUUUAUAGUGUGAUUUCAUGA